AUGGAAAGUGAUCAGGUUGAAAAAGGUUUGAAAUUGAAAUGUUUGGCUUCUCUGUUAAUUAAAUUUGGAAAAGAUGGGAAUAUUUCGGUUAAAGAACGUAAAGAUCGAGAAGAUGAUUUAAGUUCAAAUAAUCAAACCGAACCCGAAGAAGACGAAGAGGAAGAAGAAGCUACAGAUGAUGAAGGGAGGAACGAAGGGAUGAUGGGUAUUGGAUCGUUAUCGGAAUUCCCUGAAAAGAGUAGGAUCGCAUUAGCGAUUGAAAGUUUAUGGGAUGAAAUAGAAGUUAUACGUGAUUGGCAAUCAAUGUCGGAUUAUUUGUUAUUAGACCAUUCUACUGUUAUAACAAACACAACCAAGAAUGGUAGAACUUCAAAAUCAAACAAAAAUCGACGUGGAUCAUUGAUGAGGACUGAUGAAGAAGAGGAAGAUGAAGAAGAAUUUGAAUCAGUUGAAGAAGGAUGUAAAUUAACGGAAAAUGAAGAAAACGUUUUACUUGAAAUCUUUCUAGUUACUCUAAGUCAAUCGACUGAAUUACUUACAGAAGAAGAAAGUUCGAUUAAAAAAGACAAAUUGAAAAAGAAAAAACGAAAAUUGAAACAAAAACAAAAACAAAAAGAAGGAAUCACCACUGAAGAAGAUGAAGAAGAAGAAGAAGAAAGUGAAGGAGAUGAUGUAGAAAUUGAUGGAAUCGAAUUAAUUGAAAAUUCUAAUAAGAUUGAAAUUAGUAAAGUGAUGAUCCAAGUUUUACCCAAGUUUUAUAUUAAAUAUUGUCAUGAUCCCAUCAAAUUGUUUGAGAUUUUAAGAAUACCUAAACUUUUAUCUUUAGGACUUUAUCUUGAACUUCGAAUGGUAUCUGCAUAUGAAAACCUUUGGGAUAUUUUGAUUAAUGAAUAUCUUAAACAAAACGUUCAAAGAACAAUCAGUAUAAUCUCAUCUACCAUAAAUCAUUUAUUAAAUUAUUCUAAAUCAUUAUCACAUAUCAAUCAGAAAAAAAUCGAAACUUUAAAUAAAUCAUUAUUUAAGAAUUUAAUUAAUUUAGCUUUUAAAGAAGAUGAUGGAGAUAGAAUGAUCGAUUUAGAAACUUGUGGUUUCGAACUUGAUGAAAUCGAUCGGUUUUAUUUUGCAUUGAUUAAGGUUUUUUAUUUUUUUAGAACUAGAGACCUUUCUGGUUUUUUACUUGGUAUCAAUAAUGAUGAAGAAGAUGAUGACGGUGAUCAAAUGUUGGUAGAUGGGUAUGUUAAGAAACAGGUCGUUGUUGAUAUUAUCUUCGGGUUAGCUAAUCGUGGUCGAUUAAAUUAUCCAGAAGAAACAAAGAUGGUAGAAGUAGCUAUUGAAAUUUUACAAUUAAAUUUCAUGUGGAGUUGUGCAAAUUCAAGUAGAAUGAUCAAUGAAGGUUUAGGAAUCGAAGAAGAAACUGAGAAAAAGAAAAAAGAAGUUGAACUGAAAGGAUUGGUUGAUAAGGUUUCAAACUUUAGAGAUAGGUUUUUGGAUUUGAUGAAGGAAUUUGCUAUUGAUCCUGAAUGUAUUGCUUGUGAUAAUAUUAAGAGAGCAGCUUUUAUUCACAUGUUAAAUAUUUAUUUGAUUUCUUAUGGUACUUCAAUGCCGGAUCAAUUAAGGAUUGAUUGCGAUCAACAAACUCAAUUUCGUUGUGCUGGAUUCAUUGCAGCUGAGAUUGAAAGGUUUGGGAAUGAAAUGAAGGAGAAAGAAUACGAAAAACGAAGGAUGAGAAUCGAUUUAGAUGGAGAAGAGGAAGAAGAGGAAGAGGAAGAGGAAGUGAAUGUAGGUGGGAAAAAAGGUAAAGGUAAGGAAAAAGAAAAGAAAUUGUCUCAAUUAGCUCGUCAAAGAAUGUAUCGAACCACAAGUUUUAAAGAAAUCAAAAAUCAAGAAGAAUUCGAAUUGUUAAUCACGACUUUUACUAAAUCGAUAUGUUGUGGUAUCAUUGAAUUUGAACAUUCGAAUUUAAUUUUAUCAAACUUUAAUCGAUUUGGUGAUGUAUUUGAUUUAAGUAUUGAGAUUUUAAUGGGAUCUUUAAAAGGAUUUUGUUUUGGAAAUGAAAAAGAAAUUCAAUUUGAAAGGAAAAAAGAAGGCUUGGCUAAAACUGUUUCAGAAAGUUUGAAAGAGUCAUUUAAACUUUUUUUAAAUGAAGAAAUCGAUUCUGAAGAACAAUUUUUAAAAGUUUGCAAAUUAUUGGGUUCUACAAUUGUGAUUAGAGGAGCCAGAUUAAGUAUUAAAUCGAUUUUAAAUUCGAAAUCUUAUAUAACUUUACAUCAAGAAUUAAUUGAAUGGGUUUUCAACAAAAUUAUUGAAUUUCAAAAAAAUGAUCUGAAUGAAUUAGAUAAGAUUGCAAUCUUUUUUAAAGGUUUGGUUUCACUUCUUAUUGGUAUGGAUGGUAGAUCUGCAUUAAAAAUUAAAUCUUUGAUUGAUCUUUCUGUGGAAAAGGAUCGAAUUGAAAUUCCGGCUACUUCUAAAUCUUGGGAUCCUUAUCGUACUUAUAUCAAACGAUUGAUUUCAAUCAUGGCCAAAGAUCCAAGUAUUAAACGUGCGGCGAAACUUACGUUGAACCGGAAAGCGGAUAAGAAUGGGACUGAGGCUAUCGAAGAGGAAGAUGAGCCUGUUGGGGUUAAUGAAGAGGCGAUGAACGUUGGGCCUGGCGCAGAGCAAGAAGGAGGCGGGGAAGGAGCACAAGAGAGACUGCAAUCAGAAAUUCAAGAUGGGUCUGAAGAAGGCUCGGAUGCUCAUCCAGACAUCGGCACUAAGAAGACUUCCGGACCUUCAGCGAUUGCAAAAGGAAAAGCAAGGGCAGUGUCUGAUGAUAUUCCUUCAGAUGAAGAAGAAGUGGAAGAAGAAGAAGAGCCUAUACAAUUGGAACAUCAAAGUCAAGGUAAAAGAAAGCAAAAGGAAGAACGAAUGAGAUUUUAG